ACGAAGAACUCAGGCCGAGGGCGUCAGGGAGGAGGCUGGUGCGCCUGCUUGGGGCUCCCUGCCCCAGCCCAGCCCCAGCCCCAGCCCCAGCCUCCUCACUCAGAGCUCAGCAAUGGCCCGGGGGCGGGGCGCGGCCCUCGCGGAUUCUCAGAGGUAGCAGGGAUCCUCGCCCAGGAGGUGUCAGCUCAGGCCCAGCCUCCCCAGAGACAGCACCCGGAGCCUCCUCUCCUCACCUUGCUGGGACUCUGCCACAGGUGCUUGAAAGUUUUACAAAUGCGGAAACAGAGGUCCGGAGAAGUGCGAUGGCUUGCCCAAUGCCACACUGCUGCUUUAUGGCAGAGCUGCAGCUAGAGUCCAGAUCGAAAGAAAAGGGAUUGGAGGUUUCUGGGGCCAUUUGGGCUUUGGGGGAACCUGGACCAGACCCUGGUCCAGUAGGAUGCCCCCGUGUCCUCCCCAGCAGAGCAGGAACAGGGUGAUACAGCUGCUCACUCCGGAGCUGGGCGAGAUGGAGCUGACUUGGCAAGAGAUCAUGUCCAUCACUGAGCUGCAGGGUCUAAAUGCUCCAAGUGAGCCAUCGUUUGAGCCCCAAGCCCCAUACCUUGGACCCUCGACACCCCCAACUUACUGCCCCUGUUCAAUCCACCCAGAUGCUGGCUUCCCCCUUCCUCCACCACCUUAUGAGCUCCCAGCAUCCACAUCCCAUGUCUCAGAACCCCCCUACUCCUAUGGCAACAUGGCCACACCAGUCUCCAAACCACUGACCCUCUCAGGCCUGCUCAGUGAGCCCCUCUCAGACCCCUUGGCCCUCCUGGACAUUGGGCUGCCAGCAGGACCACCCAAGCCCCAAGAAGACCUAGAAUCUGACUCAGGAUUAUCCCUCAACUAUAGUGAUGCUGAAUCUCUUGAGCUGGAGGGGACAGAGGUUGGUCGGCGGCGCAGCGAGUAUGUAGAGAUGUACCCGGUGGAGUACCCCUACUCACUUAUGCCCAACUCCUUGGCGCCCCCCAACUAUGCCUUGCCACCUACUGAGAACCCCUUGGCCUUAGAUCCCUCCUCAGGCCCUGUGCGGGGUAAGCCCACUGCACGGGGGGAGGCAGGGAGUCGGGAUGAACGUCGGGCCCUGGCCAUGAAGAUUCCUUUUCCUACAGACAAGAUUGUCAACUUGCCGGUAGAUGACUUUAAUGAGCUGUUGGCAAGGUACCCGCUGACAGAGAGCCAGCUGGCACUAGUCCGGGACAUCCGACGGCGGGGCAAGAACAAGGUGGCUGCCCAGAACUGUCGCAAGAGAAAGCUGGAGACCAUCGUGCAGCUGGAGCAGGAGCUCGAGCGGCUGGGCAGUGAACGGGAGCGGCUUCUCAGGGCCCGAGGGGAGGCAGACCGGACCCUGGAAGUCAUGCGCCAACAGCUGACAGAGCUGUACCGUGACAUUUUCCAGCACCUUCGGGAUGAAUCAGGCAAUAGCUACUCCCCUGAAGAAUACACACUGCAACAGGCUGCGGAUGGUGCCAUCUUCCUGGUGCCCCGGGGGGCCAAGAUGGAGGCCACAGACUGAGCUGGCCUAGAGGGGUGGGACUGGUGAUGGGAAUUUCCUUCCUUACCUCCUGAUAAAGGUACCCCCUAACCCUGGGACCCAGAAGGCAACAAUGGUAACAAGGUGUUUGGGAGCUCCCAGGUGUUUAUAGAGGCUUGCCUUGAGGGAGCAUGAGAGGGCAGGGUUGGAAUGUCUUCCCUGACUCAGUCUCUCAGAUCUCCAACCUCCACCUCUUGUCUAAGCUUUGGUCUAUAAAGUGCUCUACAGAAAUAGC